UUCGCGUUGUUGGUCGAUUCUCCCAAAACAGCGAUGGUGGGCAUGAGCGUCCUCCGGUCUGCUGCUGCUUUCGCAGCCAGACUGAGUCCCCUGAAAUCUGGAAAUAAAGCGGCAAAUCUGCUCACUCGAACCAUCCCGCGGACGGAUAAAGUGGCCGUCCGCUGGGGUCAUGGAAAGAAAAUGUUCUACAUCCACGCUACUGACUUCUAUGACAGGAGAGUUCUGCAUUUAUUGAAAUAUUACAUCCUGCUGACUGGGAUUCCAGUGGCCGUCUUCAUCACAUCUGUGAACAUCUUCAUUGGUGAGGCAGAGCUGGUGGAAACUCCUGAGGACUACGAACCUGAGCACUGGGAGUACUACAAGCACCCCAUCACCAGGUGGAUCUCACGCAACUUGUACGACUCUCCAGUGAAAGACUACGAGAAGAUGAUGGCUGCGAUCCAAGUAGAGAAGGAGAAGGCUGACAUGAGACUGACACAGCUGGAGGUCCGUCGACUCAUGAGGCACAGGGGUGACGGUCCCUGGUUCCAGAGCGAGAGCCCCGACAAGAAUCUCAUCGACAACAGCCACAAGUCGUUGCCCGACCACUAGUCCGGACGUGUCCGUCGUCAGUACAUCGUGCCGAUCCGGCUCGCUGUUUGUACAUUUUUCCCUUUCUUGCGUAAAUAAAGAAUCUAUAUGUACUCGGA